AUGUCGUUUGUUUGCACGCCGGGGCAAUUGGUGGCUCACGUGAUCGCCGCUUUGGCGGUGCUGGAUCCGGUUCCGCUUUCCGGUUUGUGGGAAUUGGCAAAAUCGAAGUUGACUACUGAUCUGGUGGAUAAUCUUCAGAAAAACGUUAUAUGGACUGCUCUCAUGGCGGCGUCUCAGGGGCUUCUUAUAGCCCGAGUGGGUUCCGCCGCAAGAGACGAAAUUGCCCUUAGCUCAUCCACAACAUACGGAAAUCUUCUCCUCCACGGAACCGAACUGGAGAUCUUUGUGGAGGCUACAGAGAAGUGCCAGUUCAGGUACUUGGCUGGAACGGAAAACUACCACUCCUUGAAAACCAGUCUUGGUGAUUUUCCCUUUCAGUUGCUUAGGGUGAUUGCCAGACACGGUCACGAAGGUAUCUUGAAUCCCGAUUUGGCAAGAGAGUCCGGCCAGGAUGCCAGGUCCAUCAGGGUUCGUCUCAUCAAGCUCGAGCAGGCUGGUUUGAUCGUCACAAAGCAGGUUUAUGUUGAUAAAAAGCACACUACGCAUUCCUGGCAUAUCAAGUUUGCCCCUCCAGCAAGCAAGGAAGAAGCUGAGGAGGAACUAGAAGCUACAAGAGAUGUGGCUAAGCUUAAGCGAUUGAUAGUGGAUGCGCUUCAAAAGGCCCCCAACCAGCUUCGAGGCUUUUCCGAUCUACGAAAGGAGCUCAAACUUGACGGAUCUCAGCUGGUUCUGAAGUUCUUUCGUUCGGUGUGUAUCAGACUCCAUCAGGCAGGGUAUGUUGAAAAGCUUAAUGUGGAGCUUCCAGAAACGAAACAGCGACUUUACGCAUUGAAAUUUGUGAAACCGCUACCAAUUGAUGUGGAUGACGUUGAAGUUGAUGUUGACGAGGAUGCAGAGGACGAAUUUGACGAAGAGGAUCAGCUGGAUGAGAUACGAUCGCCGAUAUUCAACAAGGUGUUUCCACCAUUCAAUCAGUUCUACCAGCAAAUCUAUGAUAGAGGCGAUAAGGGUAUCACGUCGGGUGAAAUUGCCAAAACUCUUCUAGGUGUUUCUGACUACAGACCAUAUACUAGGUUAUUUGAGACACUUCCGAGUUAUUUGAGCAACGGCAAGGCUCUCAAGCCGUGCAAGAAGUAUGCUGAUCCAUAUGAUGACUAUACUGUGUCCAAGCUUUAUGACAACGAGGGAAAGCUCAAGUUCUACAGGUACUUCGUCAAGCAGUUUUGCUCAGAAACAAAGCCUGCUCCUAAAAAGCCAUCCAAGCCUAAGUUCUCAAAGGACAAUAUCGUUACUUUGAACAAAAAGCUUCACUCUACACUCGGCAAAACCUCCAACGAGGCUCUUCUCGAGAAGAAGAGAAGAGUCUUCCAGGUCUCUGACCAGCCACCACCUAAAAGAGUCAAGGUGGAGAAACCACGCAAUGAUGGACUCGACGACAUCCAAAUACUCGACGCACCUAGAAGCCGAAGGAGAACCGCCAAAGUCUCUUAUAAUGUGGAUGAUCAGCUUCUUGUGGAAGGAAACAAUCUGGGUGAUGACUACACGCCCCAAGAAGAUGCCAAGUCUGAGCCCUCGUCUCCAGAACCUUCCCCAAUUCAGGUUGCUCUGGCAGCGACUGAGAUGGCGGAUUCUUCUACACUGCUUUCCUCCACCACCCUUCCCCAAUUUGUGUCCCAAAAGCCGGAAACUAAAAGAAAACGUGCCACCCCUCAAACUUACAAGGUAGAGGGCUCAGCAAGGUCUAUCCAGAGACGUCAAAUUUUGCUCGAUAUUAUUCGUGGCGAGGGAGGUGCCACCUACAGCAGCUCGAUAUUGUGCAGAAAGAUUGAUGAACGAAUGAACAGUUCCACUCUAACUGACGUGAAGACCUUGGCUCGUGAUGUGAUAUACUGCUGCAAGAACAAAGAUUUGGAGCUCCAAAAAGUCUCAAUCGAUAUAGGCGGUCAGCCAGUGGAAAAGAAGCUUCUAGUUUUAACGAAGCCAGGAGAAAGGCCAACAGACGAACGGCUCGAAGAGUUGCGCCAGGCUUACGCAGAGCUGCACUCCCGGAAAGACAACAAAAUCUUCCAAAAGAGACUAAUCCAGCUGGAUUUGCAGCUUUAUGUCGAAAAGCCCAGUACGAAGAAAGUCAGCUCUGGCUCUCAAAGAAGAAAGGGCAAAAACCGUUUACAGGCCUUGGGAGACGAAGAGGGCAGUUUCGUCAAGGAGGAACCCACAGAUGGUGUCAAGGAAGAUGGCGAUGUGCUUUCUAAUCUUAAACGAACCAGGAGACCCAGAAAAUUCAAUGCUCCUGCUUCAGGAGACUCCUCUCAGGGAUCCGGAAAGAGAGGCAGAAGAAACAUCAAGAUGGAGAAGUCGGAAGCACUCAUGCUUUUCAGAGCGGUCGUUAUUUCCAAAGCCUUCUCUCGUGAGGCUAUAGACUUCGAUCACAUUGCUACGUUGUUUCCUGGAAAGGACGGACAAACCGUGAAGCAGAAAUGGGGUACGGUGAGGCGUCUGUUUGGUGGAGCUGAUGUCGUAUCUCAGGGUGUCGUAACGUUUCAGCAAAUGGUGAUGCUGGGAUUGAAGAAGCUCUCUCUGACCAAUCUUGAAUUCUUCCUUGAAUACUGGCGUGAGUACGACACAAACUUUGACAUGCCAGCAUUCGAUGAAUAUCCUCUUUACAACACUUUGGAGAGAAACAGCAAGGAGUAUACGUUUGUCAAGGAAGAACCUCAAACAUCUGCCCUUUUCGAAAAAAUUGAGGAUAUUUCGAUGCGCCAGAAGGAAUCCAUGCUCUCCCUGACCAUAUUCACAGAGGCACAAGAAGCGCCUAUCAAGGAAAAGAAGCACGAAAGUCUUCGUUCCAUCUUCAAAUCGAUAUUCCUGUCUAGUGAUGAGAAGCAUUACACUCAUUUCAUCAACAAGUUAUUGGAAGAGUAUGGAGAACAAGCUAUCAAGGAGGCUACAAACGGAUUAACAAGCGACCGUGAGGUGCUACUUGUGUCCAUCGAUGAUACAUCCAAGUUCAUUUUGGGAGAAAAGUUUAAGAAUGCUCUUGUUAACAGGAACCUAACACCAAAGCUUUUCAACCGUGCAGCUGCUUUCAAAGAGGCCCUAGUUUCACUUUCUUCAGCUAACAAGGGUCUCAUUUUGUCUCAAGGAGUUGUGCCCGGAGAGAUGGUCACGAUUCUUCAGUUGAUCUCAAAUUUCCAGCUCGACCUCGUCAGGGUCGAUCGUGGAUUGAAGUUUGACAGCUAUGAAUCUCGUCUUAUCGAUAAAGAGCAAUUAGCUUGUGAUCUUGUUUUGAGGUGUGAUCCUUCUCAGGUCAGCCUUCAAGCACCCCAACCAGUCUCCAUUCCUAUCAAGGGUCCCUGUCAACCGAUCUGGUUUGACUAUAAUGCCAAUUUGAACAAGCCUUUGUGGAUCAAGCUUAUUACUACGAUGCUCAACUAUAUCGUUUUUAGGCCUGGUGUCACUGAUGAGUAUCUUUUUGCGAAAACCAAUGUCGUGCUCAGUGUGGAAAAUUACAAUUUCCUCAUGAAAUGGCUUUUGGAAACAGGCUGUAUCAAGAAAUUAGAUCCAAAAGGUUAUCUCCCCACGGACAAAUGGCAGUACAUUCUAGGGACUGGAGAGGCAUAG